CCAAGACGCGCUGUCGAUCUCCCAAUUCGUGCUGUCAAUCUAAUCUCACCAACGACACCCAACAUACCACCUCAGAGAUCAAACCCCGCCGCUUUUCUACAACAGCGAACGAUCCGUUAGCACCACAGUUCCAUCAUCCCAAUAUGGCGUCCGCAAAGUCAGGCAGCGAUGAGACCUCGCAGUUCAUCCAGCGAACUAUCAGAGAUACAGAGCGCAACAUGGCAAGCUUGCGCCAAACGCUAGCCGGAUAUUUACGGAACCAAGAACGUCUCCGCCGCAAAUCCCUCAAACUGGCUGUAGUCCUCAAGAUCUACUCCGAAAGCGAGGCGCCGACGCUGUCGGGGGUGCUCGCGAGCAUCUCGGAGCUGCUGACGGAGCGCGAAGUGGCGAGGGAGAAUGCGACGACGCGGAUCAAUAUCUUGUCGCAGGAGCCUUUGAAGCUGUAUUCGAUGCAUUGUAGCAAGAUGAAGAACGAGGUCAAAGCCCGCGAAGUAGCGAUGAAGAAGGAGCACCAGAAGCAGGAGGCGUUCGAUAAGACUGUGAUUAAGGAAGGCACGAACCGGACGAAAAUCAACCAGACCCAACUCGAACUCACCUCCGCCCACACCGACACCUCCAACGUAACCACCGCCUUGCUCGAUAGCGUGCACCGCUUCGAAUCCACAAAGCGCGCGGACCUGCGCACCUCGCUCGGCGAGUUUCUCUGGAACGAAAUGAACUACCACGCGCAGGCGCUCGAGAUCCUCACCGAGGCGCAUCAGAUGCUGCUGGGCGAGGAUCUGGACGGCGAUAUCCAGGAGAUUGAGGAGAAGUUUUUUGCGGGGUUCGUCGGUGAGGGGGGGUGGAGGGAGGAGGAUGUGGGGUAUCAGGAAGGCGAGGAGGGGGGGGAGUAUGAGGAGGAGAGGGAGCGGGAGCCGAGGAAGACGCCGAGUGUUGACAGGGUGGGAGAGUGGGCGGGUGGGAUGGAGGAUAGGGAGAGGCCGCCUUCGCCGAGGAAGACGACGUUUCAGAUUGAUCGGAGGCCGACUUUGAGGCCGAGUGGGAGGGUUGGUGGGGCAGACAGGAGGGGUGCGGGUCGGAAGCAGAGUUUGAGGGUUGCGUACUAAGCUUUAUGGAGUGAGAGCUUGGGACGAAUAUUUUAUUGGUGGUGAGUUGUCCGAUGGAUGUUACAGGGCUGCGUGGUCCUGCAUAGUUGUUGAUGCACAGAUGUUUCAUACAUAAUGUGAACUGGGCAUAACGCAAGAUG